GCGGAUUCGCCUAUUGUCCAAUGAUAGAAAAGCACGGGGUGGGGUUUCGGCUUCUCACUGGAUCCUGGCAAAGAAAGGAAGUGGACGGCCAAGUAGGAAGGGGAGCCGGGGGGAUCCGCUGUUUGUACGCUGGGUUUUUCCUCCUCUCCCGGUGACGCAGUACGAUCGGCGUUACUGGGACAUGGAAGAUGGCGAGUGUGGAGACAGCCGCAGAGCAUGAGCGGAUCCUGCGGGAGAUCGAGAGCACGGACACCAACUGCAUCGGUCCCACUCUUCGAUCAGUGUAUGAUGGACAGGAACAUGGCCUUUUUAUGGACAAGCUGGAGGGUCGGAUUCGCAACCAUGACCGCGAGAUCGAGAAGAUGUGCAACCACCACUUCCAGGGCUUCGUGGACUCCAUCACGGAGCUGCUCAAAGUGCGCGGCGAGGCCCAGAAGCUCAAGAGUCAGGUGACUGACACCAACAGGAGGGUCCAGGAUGAUGGGAAGGAGCUCUUGACCGCGAUGGACGAGUUGCGGCAAUGUCGCCUUCAGCAGAGGAACAUCGCCACCACCAUUGACAAACUGGCCCACUGUCUGCCCAUGCUGGAGAUGUACAGCAAACUACAGGAGCAGAUGAGGGCCAAAAGGUACUACCCGGCAUUACGUACCCUGGAGCAACUCGAGCUCUCCUGCCUGCCCCAGGCUGGCCAGUACCGGUUCUGUGGCAUCAUGGCGGAGAACAUACCGCUGCUACGUACCCAGAUACGCGACGUCUCCAUGUCCGACCUUAAGGACUUCCUGGAGAGCAUCCGCAAGCACUCGGAGAAGAUCGGCGAGACAGCCAUGAAACAGGCACAGGUGCAGCGCAGUCUUGACAGCGCCCUCUCCCACCAGCAGAGUGCAGGCAGCGGCCGCCGUGUCAGGAAGGAGGUGGGACAGAGCACGGAGCUCACCGGCCAGGGGGGCAGCCCUCAGUCUGAGCAGGACUCUGGAAUACUGGAUGUGGAGGAUGAGGAGGAAGAUGAGGUACCUGGAGCUCACGAGCUUGUAGACUUCUCACCUGUGUAUCGCUGUCUGCAUAUCUACACAGUGCUGGGUGCCCGCGACACCUUCGAGAGCUACUACAGGAAGCAGAGACGGAAACAGGCCCGGCUGGUGCUGCAGCCGCACUCAAACAUGCACGAAACUCUGGACGGGUACAGGAGGUACUUCAAUCAGAUAGUAGGGUUCUUUGUGGUGGAAGACCACGUUCUACACACCACUCAAGGCCUGGUGAACCGGGCUUAUGUGGAGGAGCUGUGGGAGCUGGCGCUGUCCAAGACCACAGCAGCGCUGCGGACACACUCGUCCUACUGCACCGACCCCGACCUGCUUCUGGACUUGAAGAACCUUAUUGUUCUUUUUGCUGACACACUGCAGGGCUACGGAUUCCCUGUCAAUCAACUGUUUGAUAUGUUGCUGGAGAUCCGUGACCAGUAUGGAGAGAUCCUGCUGAAGAAGUGGAAUGGCACGUUCAGGCAAAUACUGGACCAGGACAACUACAGUCCUAUCUCUGUGGUGUCAGAGGAGGAGUACAGGUGCAUUCUGGGACAAUUUCCCUUCCAUGAUCCUGAGCUGGACAAGAUGGCUUUCCCCAAGAAGGUGCCCUUCUCUGGGUUUGUUCCCAAGGUCUACAUGCAGCUGAAGGAGUUUAUCUACGCCUGCCUAAAGUUCUCCGAGGACCUGCACCUCAGUUCCUCAGAAAUAGAUGAUAUGAUCCGGAAGUCCACCAACCUCCUGCUCACUCGAACCCUGAGCAACUGUCUUCAGUACGCCAUUAAGAAGAAGAACGUGAGCCUUGCAGAGUUGGUGCAGAUCAUCAUCAACACCACCCACCUUGAACAGUCCUGUCACUUCCUUGAAGGUUUCAUCUCCAACAUUACCAACGUACCAUCUGACGCUAUUAAUGCAACCAAGCUGUAUGGCACAUCAACCUUCAAAGAUGCCCGUCAUGCCGCUGAGGAGGAGAUCUACACCAGCCUGAACCAGAAAAUUGACCAGUUUCUCCAGCUGGCAGAUUACGACUGGAUGGCGACGCAGCCCAAAGGCCAGCCCAGCGACUACCUGAGCGACCUCAUCACCUUCCUGUGCAGCACCUUCUCUGUGUUCACCAAUCUGCCCGGGAAAGUGAUUGAACAUGCUACCAUGUCGGGGAAAGUGGCGCAGACGGCCUGCAUGUCAGCCUGCAAGCACCUCUCCACCUCCAUGCUGCAGCUGCUCCUGGAGGCCGACGUCCGGCAGGUGUCCAUGGGGGCGCUCCACCAGUUCAACGUCGACGUGAAGGAGUGUGAACGGUUUGCCAGGGCCGGCCCGGUGCCUGGCUUCCAGGGGGACACUCUGCUGCUGGCCUUCAUCGACUUGAGACAACUGCUAGACCUCUUCACCCAGUGGGACUGGUCCACCUACCUGGCUGACUACGGCCGGCCCACCUGCAAGUACCUGCGGGUGAACCCACACACUGCUCUGGCGCUGUUGGAGAAGGUUUCCCGAGCGAUGAAGGACACGAGUCGGAAAAACAACGUCUUCGCACAGUUUCGCAAGAACGAACGUGACAAGCAGAAGCUCAUCGACACUGUGAUCAAGCAACUGCGCAACUUGAUCUCUGCUCAGCAGUCCUGAGACUUGCACUGUAUUUGGCAUCGCAUCUCCAUGCUCCGCAUAGUCACACCCCCUCCAUUUUGUUUACCAGUUGCCUGUCAGGCUGUGCCAGUGAAGCUAAGGAUGCUCACUAAACUGAACCUUUUAUAUUUGAGGGUGGUGCACUUGUAGCCUAGUCCAAGCCCUCGUAGGCCACAAGGGGGACAGUGCUGGAUCUAUAUUCAUGUAAUUUGUGCUUUGAUACUCAGACUCCCCCUUUCUCUCAUUAUCCAGCUGCACCCUAUUGCACAGAGGAGGCUUCCUUUCUUAAAUGUUCCGCGUUUGGCCUUUUGAAUGGCUUGCAUGGUCUGGUUGUGUUUCUCAAAUCCAGCAGUCGCACUCCUUGUCUAACCGAUAAAGAAAGCAGCCAGAAACACUAAGUGUUCUCAAGGGUGGCAAAUAUUGGGUUCUCCGUCAUUUGAUAAAUUCACUGCUUAAUGGGAUUACUCUGUUUUUUAACCCUAUUUUAAUACCUGAUGUACUAUGUUUUUUUUUUUUUUAUUCCUUUUGCACAACCAAGGGUGACCUGAGUAACUGGAACACAGGUUAGAUUUUACUCGUCUCAUUUCCACAAGAUACCUGUAAAAUGUUGGAUCUGACACCUUUUCUGUAGCUCCUCUGAUGAAAGUACGCCUGGUAAUGUGUCUCCCUCUCCUUCUGACCAUCUUUUGGAACUUCUGGGUCUCUUUGCAGAGAGAGUGAUUCCGUACAGGUACCAUGAUGCUGUGAAGUACUCCUACUGUUUGUCUGCAGACUGCUAUACCUGGAGCUUAUCAUCGUUGUCAUGGGUCUGCGACUGGACUCUUCAGUUUCUGUCUGGCUUGACUCCCGAUUAAGAGUUGAGUUGGGGGUUUAUUGGCCAACAGGCUCCUCCAUAACAUGUAGACUGUACUCUCGUGUUCUGUAUAGAGAUAGAGGACCUGUAGUGUACCUGAAUUUCUAGCUACCUUGUUAGAGCCCUGGGCAAAAUUAUACUUUGGUCCCACUUCUGCCAUGUUCUUGUCUGCCAAUAGAGGCCUUGUCAGAGAUACCUGUGGCUCAACACUGCUGUUUAGUCUUCCACGCUGACUGGCAUCAGCAUUAAUGUCUUGGAAACAGUGUUCAUCGAUUGGAUUUUUCCCCUGUCUAGUCAUAUUGGCUUGGGGUGGAGUUGUUUGGGGUUUUACCCCCUCUUAUACAUGCAAAAUGUACAAGAAGAGGUGCUGUUUUAUUUUGUGGGGUUCUCAGUGCCAUUAGCAUUCUGCUAUAAAGGGAUCAUUAUUGGUGAAGGAAUAAUUUAAAGCUGCUUUGCCAACAAAAAUGGGAAAACACUCUGUGCAGUUUUACUGGGAUAUUUCUAGACAUUGGGAGAAUUGGUUGUCAUGUUGUUUUAUUUUUCCCUCCAUUUUUUUUUUAGACUUGCACAGUUGUGCGGUGUUGUGUGUGAGAGAGAAUCUAUGUGAACGGAGCGUGUGUUUGAGCCUGCCUAUGCCUUGGGCUUUUUGUUUAGUGGUGUGGACAUCCAUCAGUAGAUCUCACCUUGGAUCAAUGACCACACCAGUCUAGACACUGGGUCUGCAAGAACUGUCGGCUUCUGGCCAGAGGAUGACCCUGGAGAUCAUUCCACGUUGUUCACAAGAGACCGGGUGAGCACCAGAACCCUAAAGUGCAUGCUGUCAGGGUUGACUUGGAACCAGAAUCAGAGUGAAUGAGUUAUUGGUGUCUUCACUGAUUCUCACUGUACAGUUUGUAUUUGAUAAAACCACUAAUGUUGCCAAGGGUGAUGUAGUACUAAUAAAGCUAAUGCAAAUAUGAACAAAUAAAGGAACAAAUGAGAAUUGUC